AUGGGAGAUAUGGAAUUUGCUAAAGUCCACAACUCCGCCAUUUUUCUCGAAGACCCUCCUGCAGCUCACAAUGACUUGAAAUUCAUUGUGGAUGGGUUGAAGAAAUCCUGCUUGGUCCAUGCUCUAACUACAUGCCCUACUAUCUACCAGAAUUUGAUUAAGGAUUUCUGGAGAAGAGCUGUUGUGAAGAAGAAUGAUCAAGGUGAAAAGUUCGUUGAAACAACAAUUGAAGAUAAGAAAAUUCAAGUAACAGAGAGCAUCAUUCGGGAAUCUCUCCAAAUAGAUGACAGAUUUGAGUACACUAUGGAGAUUGACAUUCAUCAAACUCAAGAUGUCUUAGAACACAUGGGGAGAUCUGGAGCAAAUGAGAUCUCUCUGGCUAGCACUGGAGUAAUUGCAGCCUUGGCUGCAGGACUUGAGUUUAACUUCUCCAAGUUCAUAAUGCAUGAGAUGAUUCUAAACCUUGAAGGGAGCAAGAGGGACAAGUUCUUGAUGUAUCCAAGAUUCUUGCAAAUCAUUCUCAAUAUAACUCACCCCGAGAUGCAGAGAGGAAAUAAAACCUUGGACUUGAAAUCCAUUGGUCCAAGUGAUUUUGGACUAAUGAAUCAGAAGAGAAGCGGGAAAUUUGUGUUUGAAGGAAAAUUUCCAUUGAUAAAAUUCGGAAUUUUUGCAGAGAAUGAUAGAGAAGAAUCUGAAGAGCAGUCCAUCCCGAUGGAAUUUGAAGAUAUUUUUCGUUCAACCUCCGAGCCAGAGGUUGAGGAGGUCCAUGAUUCUCCUUCAGCCGUUGUGGCUGAGGAACAUGAUCAUCAGAAAGAAGAUGAAACACAUUCUGCUCAAGAUGAUGAGGAUGAUCUUUAUGGUGAUGUGGAGUUCUUGAAGGAAAUUGAUUUUACAGGGUUUAGUGAUGACAUCCCGACAAAUAUAGAAUUUGAUCUUGAUGAUGAAGAAUUCGAUCCUUUUCCUGGAAUUCGCAGCUGUCCUAAUAAAAUCGAUGAAGUUGCUUCUUUAGCAACCAAGACUAGAGAUGAAGGAAACUCUCAAGAUUUUGCUCUCUACUUCAAAACCCCUGGAGAUUACAUCAAGCCAAGGAGAUAUGACAUAAGAGAUUCCUCCCUUUGUGUCAUCCAUCUCAACAUCUACUCCAAUUGUUCCUGA